AUGCUCCUAUCAAGUCUGCUUAACUAUGCCCCGCUGUUAGCUCUCCCAGUCACAGUUGCCGCCAGAAGAGGCGGCGGUGGUGACAGUGAAGACUCAGGCGACAGCUCCAGUGAUAGCAGCUCGGGCUCUAGAUCCAGUUCCUCAUCAGGCGAUAGCUGUGGUUCCAAACAAUACACCUUAUAUAAAUAUGACCUUGUUCCCAGAAACGCCCAAAACUGGACUACAAACGCCGGGGGACAGAAAGGGAGGAACCCGACCACAUACGACGGCUCCUAUUUCCAGGGCGAAGCCUUCCUAGGCUACACUGCCACCGGCGGAUCGAGGUGCCCCAAUGCCACCGGCUCCGUUCGUAUGUUGGGUUAUGCGUGGAUUGGGCCGCAGACGCCGUAUCCCAAAGGUCCCGAGAACUCUAUAAUAAUCGGGUUCAAGGCGUGGGAAACCGACAAAGCAUUGGAGGAUAUCACUUUCUCCUACGACUAUCUCAACGACGGACUAUAUUGUCCUAGGCCGCCUGGCCUGGUCAAACUCAUGACCACCAGGUCGUGGACGGACUGGGAUGCUCGCACUUACCGCGCGGGCGAUAUCGUUCGCAUGAACCUCUUCCCCGACCAGACACGCGCGGAUGCAGUAUCAUUCAACGCUAGCACAAUUCCCAACCUCAGCCCAGCGCCCGCCUACGAUGAGGGUGAUAUCCUUCUCCCCGCAUCAUCCUGUAGCUCCGACGAACGUCUGUCGGUAGGGUGGCCGGAGGGGACGAAUAUCACUGGAUCAAUCACCAACACGACUCUGAGCUUGACUAUCGUGGGUGCGGGAGACACCAACACGGCGUACAAGUAUUAUGUCGGCAAGGAGGACGAUAUCCAUGUGACAUUUAAUGUGACGUUCUCGGGGACAUUUGACAGGAUCAACUCGACCCGGAGCGUGGCGGUUCAACAGGAGUCGCAGCCCAUGCUCUUCUGGGUCGAUAAUAGCAGUGUGAUGGUUGGUCCAGGCGAAUUUUUGAUGAAGCCGAUGUGGUUGGCAUGGACUGCUUUGUUCUUUUUUCUAUAA